GCAACAUCUCUCACUCUCUCUCUCUCUCUCUCUUUCUCUCUCUCUCUCUUUAGCGCUGAGUGGAAGUUAGUGAAACGUCAUUGGCUCCUCGGGCCGCGCGCGCUGAGGCUCGAGGACAGAAGCGCUGCACCAAUCAACGCGCGUCCGCCGACGUCUGUUAUAAUGAAAACAAGCCCGCGUGCGCCGCGCAGUUAAUGUUGUUCGCUCGCGCGCAAGUGUUAACGCGAACCGGAGAAAAAAAAAGCGUCUCCGCAUCACGCUGGACUUUCGUUUGCGUUUUAUUCCGUUCCGCCGCGUGUAAAGACGCAGCCGGUGUUUGUGGAAGGAGCGCGGACAUGCGCGGCUAGACUGAGUAUCUGCGAGCUGCCACAGUUACAACCAGUUUCCUAUUUAAGGUCCCCACAGGAUGGACAAGAGUCUUCUCCCCGGACCCACUGAUAUAGUCAUGGCGAACCCUCCCAGUUCAUUCCAGCAAGAAGCUCUCACUCCACCCAGAUCCAACCACUCUUCCCUCAAACCCAACCAGGUGGGUCAGGUCAUCCUGUAUGGAGUGCCCAUUGUCUCACUGGUCAUCGACAACCAGGAGCGCCUCUGUCUGGCCCAAAUCUCCAACACUUUGUUGAAGAACUACAGCUACAAUGAGAUCCACAACCGGCGAGUAGCCCUGGGCAUCACGUGUGUGCAGUGCACUCCAGUGCAGCUGGAGAUACUGAGGAGGGCCGGCGCUAUGCCCAUCUCAUCCCGUCGCUGUGGCAUGAUCACUAAGCGUGAGGCUGAGCGACUCUGCAAGUCAUUUCUGGGUGAGAACUCACCUCCCAAGCUGCCCGAUAACUUUGCGUUUGAUGUGACACAUGAGUGCGCAUGGGGCUGCCGUGGCAACUUCAUCCCCGCUCGUUACAACAGCUCAAGGGCCAAGUGCAUAAAGUGUUCCUACUGCAACAUGUACUUCUCCCCAAACAAAUUCAUCUUUCAUUCACACCGCAUGCCCGAGGCAAAGUAUACCCAACCCGAUGCCGCCAACUUCAACUCCUGGCGCCGACACCUCAAGCUGUCAGACAAGUCACCUCCAGAUGAUCUGGUGUUCGCCUGGGAGGAUGUGAAAGCCAUGUUCAAUGGGGGCAGCCGCAAGCGGGCGCUGCCUUCUUCCCACUGCCCCCCCAUGGACUCUGUGAAGGCUGUCAGCUCAGUGCUGCCCCACAUGAUAUCUUCUGAUCUGAGCCAGAAGAGGGGCAGGUAUGAUGAGGAGGAGGACCUGGAUGCAAGCAGCCUCUCUCCUCAUAAGAACCCACGUAGUUACCCGGUCAUUCCUGUGCCCAGCAAAGGCUUCGGUAUGCUGCAGAAAUUUCCACCCACUUCGCUCUUCCCCAGUCCCUACACCUUCCCAGCAUUUGGUUUGUGUCAGCAGAAGAAGGACGACAAUGAGGCUGUGAACGGGCAGAAAAAUGGUGCUAUCUCUGGCCUGCUCUGGCCAGGGCGCAAGGACACUUUUUACCCUCCUUUUUGCAUGUUCUGGCCCCCAAGAGCGGCAGGGGGCAUCCCGGUACCCACAUACCUCCAGCCCCAGCCCAAUGCUCUCUCCACUCUCACAGAAACGCCCUCCCUUCGCCAGGCCUUCCUUGACCUGAGUGAGCAAGGCGAUGCUGCCACAGGAGCUGGGACUGGUGCUGCCAUAGGCACCAAUCCCAGAGCAGGCCUGUUUGAAAGCGACUGCCCCCCAACCAUGACCCCUGACCUGAGACCUGCCCCAGAAGGCUGGCUCAAACUUCUAGAUGCUCCAUCUCUGCAAGCCCGCAAAGCCAGCUACCACUCCGCCUUCCGGCCAGUGGUAAAGGACACUGAAAGCAUUGCCAAGCUACAUGGCAACCUGGAGGAGUUUGGAGCAGAGAGGCAUCUCUCACCCGGCACCAGCUGCAGCUACCAGAGCGAAAGCGCAGAGAGCGAUGAGGAACAGGAAGUGGAUGUGGAGACCAAGCAGGAUGAAGAGCAGGAAGACUUCAACAGCCGUGCAGCAUCACAACAGCAGCCGUGCAGUCUUCAUAUUUCACGACUCACUGAAAGCACCACAGGCGACCGAGAUAAAGACGCACCUUCCUUUUCCACCAUCCCCCCUGAAAGCUCUACAGAGGACAAACCAAGCUUGGCUGUCAGUCCACCCACCUCUCUCAAAGACCCCAGCCCCAUUCACGCCUCAGUGGAGGACACCACUGCCUACAAAAAUUCGCACAAGGGCAGAGAUGAUGGGCUACCAGCGUAUGCAGCAAAAGAAAAAACAACACGAGCAGAAGAAAACAAAGAACAGAGUAAUUUCUUUAUCCCAGAGACAGAAACAUCUGCAUCAGAUUACUGGAGAGAGAGCACAGCAGAGCAAAGUCAAGAAUCACUCACGCCUGCAUCACUCAAGAAGGAUGUUGAAAACAUGGAGAAAGAGGAACUCCAAAAGGUUCUGCUCGAGCAGAUCGACUUACGGAGAAGACUCGAGCAGGAGUUUCACGCCCUCAAAGGCAGCUCACCGUUUCCUGUUUUCCACAACUUUCAAGACCAAAUGAAAAGGGAACUGGCGUACAGAGAGGAGAUGGUACAGCAGCUACAGAUGAUUCCCUAUGCAAACAUUAUCAGGAAAGACAAAGUUGGCACACACCUGAACAAAAGCUAAAAUGGUAUGGCCACUGCUGUAUUACAUAUGGACAUUACAGGCUGCUCUCAAAAUCCUUUGAAACACAUUAUCUGGAUUUUUCAUGACAAAUCUAAUAGUGCAAAAGCAAAUCCUUGUUAAGGACAACUGCACUCAUCAUCUGCUCACCAACAUUUCCUUGAACAAACCAAUGACUAUCUGAACAAAAUUUACAACGCGAGUAUCUCAAACCUCAGCACUAGUGCUACAUCAUUCCCCAGUCACUUUCUGUACAGUGAUCUCAUUUUGUGCAUUCAUUUAUGUAUUUAUUUAUUUAUUUAUUUAUGUAUUUAUUCAUUGAUUUAUUUGUAAAAACUGAACUGUGUAUAAAUAUACUGGCUAUAGAAAAACCAUAUGUCCAGAAGAAUAAUGCCUGGGGGUUAAACACACAGCCUAUUCGCUCUAUAAUGAAGAUUAUAUCUCAGAGCAAUUGUGCGAGCAGGCAAACUUCUUUACAUGUUUAAAUACAACACUGACAAACCUAAAAAUGAAGAAUGUUAUUAUUGCUAAUGCAAAUGUAUUUAAAUAUGUUCUUGUAGUUUCUCUACUAUUUAUGUGGAUAAUAAAAGUAUAUAACAUAAAAAUGUAUAUUUUAAUACUUCUUUAUUGCUAAAAAAACAAACACAACAACACAAUAUCACAUCACUUGUGUAGCUCA